GGUUGGAACCACAAAUACAUCAUCUGACGUGGCAGUUUCUCUGUCUCCAGAGUUUCGAGAUAGUGUGUGCGAACGGCAAAACAAGCACACGAAGACAUCUCCAAAGGAAAUAUCUCAUCGCUUUACGAAUCGAUAUUCCUCCAAUGGCUGUCAACGCUCCGAUAUCGUCUCCGGCGGCUCACCCGCGAACACAGUUUCUCUCCAAUCCCGUUCUCCCCCGCUUUCGCCCGUCGUUCUCCGCCGUGAAAUCACCAGCAGCUUUCUCCGUCGUUUCUAUGGCUCCCCAAAAGAAGGUGAACAAAUAUGAUGCAAAGUGGAAGAAACAAUGGUACGGAGCCGGAUUAUUCUUCGAAGGGAGCGAAGAUGUAAACGUUGACGUUUUCAAGAAGCUGGAGAAACGAAAAGUGCUAAGCAAGGUUGAGAAAUCUGGUCUGCUCUCAAAAGCAGAAGGCUUGGGACUUACAUUGUCAUCUCUUGAGAAGCUUGGUGUCUUCUCCAAAGCAGAGGAGCUUGGUCUUCUCAGUCUCCUUGAAACGCUAGCCGGUACAUCGCCUUCGGUCUUAGCCUCGGCUGCACUCCCGGUUCUGACGGCAGCAAUUGUAGCCGUGGUGCUGAUUCCCGAUGACUCAACUACUCUGGUCGUUGUUCAAGCGGUUUUGGCCGGUGCUCUUUCUCUUGGUGGAGUCGUUUUGUUAGUUGGAUCUGUUGUUUUGGAUGGACUUCAAGAAGCUGACUAACUCUUUUUCUUUCUCUUUGUAAACCAAACACAAAUAAACCUCUUGUCCAAUUGAUUUAUGUCAGUUUUGCUGAAAUCAUAACUGUACUAUGGUCAGACCAAGUCAGAAAGAAGCUUUAUAACAAUUAAACAAA